GGUGAUUGUCACUACAAUGAACUUCCUGUAGUUCAACGAAAACAAAUUCAUAGUUAAUUGGCACAACUUCAUCUAUUCCAUACACUGUGUAGUCUUAAAAAUAUCUUUAUAAACAGUUUUUUUUUAAAUAAUGGAAGUCUAUCGAUUAAUAAUAAAGUAUUUCAUUGUAUCCACUACUUUAUUUCAAUGUUCAGUAACAGUCAAAUUUGUGCGUACAAUCGAAGCUAUAGGAUUACCCUACUAUAAAAUUUCAUUAAAACUGGGCACUUGCCAAGAAAGUAUCCUCUUCUCCGAAAACAAGGCGUGGCCAACCGCUCGCAUGAACAGAAUUAUGGAUAUAUAUUACAAAAGUGAAAUUAGUGAAUUUACAGUAUCCAGCGUGGAAAUAAAAUUAGUAAUUAAUGAUACGGACUGUAUAGGAUCUUCCAAUUCCGGUGUUGGUUAUUCAGAAUUUUCAGCUACAAUAUUUUUAGCAACUAAUAUGGCUGUUUUAUUUUACAGUUUAACAAUAUACACAUGUAAUCAUAAUAACAAAAUAAUUUCUAAUGAGGAAGGCUUCGUACCUAAUUAACUUUUUUAUACUAAGCUAAGAGAGUCAGAACCAUUAAA